AUGCCGUCCGGCCAUCAGAUGAGCAAGAGCCACAGGGCAAGCAAGGCAGCAGCCAAAGCCGCUACACCAGCAGGGUCAAAGGCAUGGUGCUGCAAGAAGUGUUUCGACAUCUUCCCGAACAAAGCCCAGGCUGAUGAGCACAAGACGCAAGAGCAUGUUACUCUUCCAAUGGACGAAGCAUAUUCCCUGAAAUUGUGGCAGAAACAGAUUUGCAUGAAAUGUGGGUUCCACUGCAAGAACCAGGCCCAAGCUCAAAUGCACCACAUGGAGACCCGCCACACUCAAUUCAAACCAUGGGAUGGUGAUGAAAGCUGCGCGUUCGCGUGCAAAAAGUGUCUUGUGGUCUUCAAGGACAAAGCGCAGGCAGAUGCGCACCAUGCCUCCACAGGCCCCAAGCAUUGGCCAUGUCCGUUGAAUGAGACCUACGACGAGGCCUUGCACAAGGUGAUUUGCAUGGAGUGUGGGCAUGAGUUUGCAAAUCGAGUUGAAUCUAUACAGCAUUCGGAUGACCGUGAGCAUUACCACUUCACUAGAUUGGCUGAUGAUGAUCUGGGCAAUGCAUUUGCUUGCAAGCGUUGUCUUCAGAUCUUCCCAGAUAAAUCACAGGCCGAUGCGCACAAGGCUUCAAAAGGCGCAGGGCAUUGGGCCUUUCCUUUGCACGAAGAAUAUGACCGGGCCUUGAAGAAGUUCAUUUGCACGGAGUGUGGGUGUGAAUGCAAAAACGGUGCCCAUUCCGCUCGGCACACCUUCCAGACGGGGCACACGCAGUUUCAGUGCAUGGAGUCGGUGCAUGAGACGCUGUCGGAUAGUAGGGUUGAGGCCAUGGAGUGGGAGGUUGAGUCCGAGGCGUCAGCAGAAUUGGAUGCACUGACGGACGACCUUGAGGCAGACGCUGCCGAGCCGGUGCACAGACUGUCUCAGCCGUCGGAAUCUUCCCAACACUUGGACACAACCGAAUCCGAGGUGCUGGAGGUCCAACCUUCUCCUGCAUCCUGCAGUCUCAGUUCUUCUGCCAGCCCCGAAGCUGUGCCAGAGUUCGAGGUGCAAGCAACAGCCUUGCAUGCCUGGAUGCACCGAGCACUUCACUCUGGACGAGAAGUCUUGCUUGCAGAUGGCAAAGCACGCAGUCUGGGCUACGAGAGCGGCAAUGUGAGGGUCCGUGUGAAGGAAGUAGACCGACCCCAAGAGCAGGUCUAUAUCGGAUUCAACGAUGGUUUCGAUGCCUGGGUGAGGAUGGAUGAGCUUCUUCCGCCUGAGGAGUCUCUGCAUCGCGCCGCAGAUUCGCAGGAGUCUUUGGGGACCGCCCAGCUUCGCAAAAACACGGACCUCUUCACCAUACAGGAGGAUGCAUCACAUCGAGUGAUGCUGAGGCUUCCAGCGUCGGACAGAUGGAAGGUCAAGGUGGGUGGCUCCAAGAAAGUGCUGAAUGAUGAGCAGGCCCAUCGGCGUGACCGGCUUGUGCAACUUUGGGCCAAGGGUCAUUCAGCGCGGUUCACUGACGACUACAACCAGUGGCUGCAGAGCGGAGACUUAAACCUUGCUUACCAAGAGCAUGGGAUCUACUUUCACACCAAGCUCGAGAUUGGCAAAGGUGGCGCAGCCAGAGUGUACUUGGGAGUCAUGCACUCAGAUGGCAGCGAGGUCGCUGUCAAAGUGCACCAUUGGACAUCGGAAGCCGACAAGCAUUUUGAUGCUGACCGCAGGAACAUGCAGGCUGUCUCCGAUGUACCAGGUAUCGUUCCAUACGUUACCUCCUUCUUGCACGAAUUUCAAAAUCACCUGGGAGACGUCGCGUACGAGAGGGUGAUUGUCUUGAAGCUGAUGGAGGGCUCUUUGCAUGAUGCGAUGGAGCAGUGGGAAUCAAGCGGGCUAGUAGGCAAAAUCCCUCACUUGCAGGUGAUUCGAUUUGUCGCUGAGAGCUUGACAGUGGUACUCGCCAGGCUAAACCAUGGGCUCUACGGGAAGGAACAAAAGAUGGUACAUCGUGACGUGAAGCCUGAGAACAUCAUGAUUGACAGAGUGGGUGCCAUCCGGCUUGGAGAUUUUGGUAUCUCGAAGGUCAUGGACCUGUGCGCCGCAUCGAAGACCUGCUCUUCGACAGGCCCGCAGCUCUAUGCUUCUCCCGAGGCAAAGAGUCUGACGAAAAAGGAGGCCAAGGAGACCAGCGAUCUCUACUCAUUGGGCAUGGUGAUCGUAGGAAUGGUCUUAGCGGACCCCAAAGGCGCCAAGCUCGAUCCCUCCAAAAACGGUGCAGAACAGUGCGAGAUGCUGGAUGGAAAGCUGAAGCAAGACUUUGGAGCAUGGCCGUGGCAUCAUGUGUGCUCACUCCAGAACUUGAUGCGAGCUCUGCUGACAGAGCUUCCUGACAAGCGAGCCUUCUCGGACUGCAUCCCCAGAAACAUGAUGACCCCGCACCGCACUGUGCUUGCGCAUCCGUUCUUUUGGUCGUCCCAAAAGAAGACGCGCUUCCUGUACACCCUGGGUAGCUACAGGGUUGAUGAGCGUGAGCAAGUGGAUGCUGGGACAAAGCUUGGAGAUUCCUUUCCGAAUCUGAGGCAAGAAGUUGAAGCAGUCAUCAGGGACAAGCUGACAGAUGGCCAGGCUUUAUGGUUCGACAUUGUGGAAGAUAUGGAGCAACCCAAACCGCGCAAGACCAUGGACUUUCUGAAGGAAUUGCCCUUGGGCCUCCUGAAGUUCAUCCGGAACAAGUACUUGCACCUGAAUGACUCGGAUAUGAGCCCGGAGCUUCGCACUAAGCUGACGGAGCACGAGUUCCUCCACCGAUUCCCGGAUCUUGUUGUUCGCAGCUGGCAAGCCCUCUUGGACAAAGACGCUCUGAGAAAUAUCCACGAGAACUUGCAACAUGCAGCCCUCCUGGAAUUUUUCAGGCCGUCAGUGGAUGUUGACUUCUCGAGAAGCACCUAA